AUUCCUCUGUGGGUUUUAGGCUUGCUUACAGCUGUUAAAUCAUCUCAGAUAGUCAAUUUGUCAGCUCAACCAGGAGAAAAUGUCACUAUUUGGUGUCAACACACCUCAGAAACCGGAAUCAACAUACACUGGUUCAAGCAAACAAACAGUUCUGUACCUAUUGCCAUUGUAUACAUGAUGAUAAGCUACCAGCUUAAGGAAAUACACAAAAUGUAUUUAAAUGGUUUUCAACAAGAUCGUCUGCUGAUGACUCUGAACAGUAAAAACAGCUCCCUGAGAAUUUUAAAUGUGGAUGUUUCUGAUUGUGGUCUGUACUUCUGUGGUUGGGAAAGCCGGAUUAUUGCAUUUGGUGAUGGAACACACCUAGACAUUAAAGAUCUCAAGAAGAGCUCGAUUUCAACAAGAGACUGUUCUGAAAACCUAUUUUAUAAACUGACCUUUAUUUUUGGUGGUAUUAUUGUUAUACUCAUCAUCAUUCCAUUCAUCAUGCUCAUUAUUAAAAUACAGAACAGAAACAACCAGGGAAAAGGUGCUGAUCGCCAUGUAACACAACAUCAUGAGGAGCCUCAUUCAUCAGUGUAUGCCGCUCUACAGUUCUCAAAACACCAGAAAAAAUCCAGAAGAGCAGCCAGAAAUACAGUGGAUACAGAUGUUGUGUAUUCUGCUACUAGAUAGUCCA